GAACAGGACUGCUUCCUGCUUCUAGACAGGGGCGGGUGAGGGGAAAGGAAAUAGUCCUAGGAGCCGCGUCCGGACUGCGCUAGCGGCGGUGGAGGAGAAGGCAGAGAGGAGGGCGGAGAAGGCAGAGGGGGCUGCGGCAGAGAAGAAAGUGUCAGAGCCGGUUGGGCGUAGAGUGUGGUGAAGGGUACUUUUCAUGGUGCAUGGAAGGAAAGCCAAUGCGCAGGUGUACCAAUAUUCGACCAGGAGAGUCUGGAAUGGAUGUAACAAGCCGUUGUACCCUUGGAGACCCCAACAAACUACCAGAAGGGGUUCCCCAACCUGCCCGCAUGCCCUAUAUCUCUGACAAGCACCCUCGACAAACCUUGGAAGUCAUUAACCUUCUGAGAAAGCACCGGGAGCUAUGUGAUGUGGUGCUAGUUGUGGGCGCUAAGAAGAUAUAUGCCCAUCGAGUCAUUUUGUCAGCCUGUAGUCCCUACUUCCGAGCUAUGUUUACAGGAGAAUUGGCAGAGAGCCGUCAGACAGAAGUAGUAAUCCGGGACAUAGAUGAGAGGGCAAUGGAACUACUGAUUGACUUUGCAUAUACCUCCCAAAUAACUGUGGAAGAGGGCAAUGUUCAGACCCUUCUCCCAGCUGCUUGCCUCCUCCAGCUGGCAGAAAUACAGGAAGCCUGCUGUGAAUUCUUAAAGAGACAAUUAGAUCCUUCUAACUGCCUGGGCAUUCGGGCUUUUGCUGAUACACAUUCAUGUCGUGAAUUGCUAAGGAUAGCAGACAAGUUCACUCAACAUAACUUUCAAGAGGUAAUGGAGAGUGAAGAGUUUAUGUUACUUCCAGCUAAUCAACUCAUUGAUAUAAUAUCUAGUGAUGAGCUAAACGUUCGCAGUGAGGAACAAGUGUUCAAUGCAGUGAUGGCCUGGGUCAAAUACAGUAUUCAAGAAAGACGUCCUCAGUUACCCCAGGUGCUGCAGCAUGUUCGUUUGCCUUUGCUUAGUCCCAAGUUCCUGGUGGGCACAGUAGGCUCUGACCCCCUCAUCAAAAGUGAUGAGGAAUGCAGAGACUUGGUAGAUGAAGCUAAAAAUUACCUCCUAUUGCCUCAAGAACGACCACUAAUGCAAGGACCAAGAACAAGACCACGGAAACCUAUCAGAUGUGGAGAAGUACUCUUUGCAGUGGGUGGUUGGUGCAGUGGAGAUGCCAUUUCCAGUGUUGAACGAUAUGAUCCACAGACCAAUGAAUGGCGAAUGGUAGCUUCAAUGAGCAAAAGGCGAUGUGGAGUUGGGGUCAGUGUUCUCGAUGACCUGUUAUAUGCAGUAGGAGGCCAUGAUGGAUCCUCUUAUCUCAAUAGUGUUGAAAGAUAUGACCCCAAAACAAACCAGUGGAGCAGUGAUGUGGCACCUACCAGCACCUGUAGGACGAGUGUCGGUGUAGCAGUACUCGGAGGCUUUCUCUAUGCUGUGGGUGGCCAAGAUGGUGUGUCUUGCCUCAACAUUGUGGAGAGGUAUGAUCCAAAGGAGAACAAGUGGACUCGGGUGGCUUCCAUGAGCACAAGAAGACUAGGCGUGGCUGUAGCUGUGUUAGGAGGGUUCCUAUAUGCUGUAGGUGGCUCUGAUGGGACAUCUCCACUCAACACAGUGGAGCGCUACAAUCCUCAGGAAAACAGAUGGCACACAAUAGCCCCUAUGGGGACCCGGAGGAAACACCUAGGCUGUGCAGUGUAUCAGGACAUGAUCUACGCUGUAGGAGGUAGAGAUGACACUACUGAGCUUAGCAGUGCUGAGAGAUACAACCCUAGAACGAAUCAGUGGUCACCGGUGGUGGCCAUGACAUCCCGCCGCAGUGGAGUUGGCCUGGCAGUGGUCAAUGGACAGCUCAUGGCAGUGGGAGGUUUUGAUGGUACAACAUACUUGAAGACCAUUGAAGUUUUUGAUCCUGAUGCCAAUACAUGGAGGUUGUAUGGCGGGAUGAAUUACCGUCGGUUAGGGGGUGGUGUAGGAGUUAUUAAAAUGACACAUUGUGAAUCCCAUAUAUGGUGAACGUGCAGAAGACAGUCUUACAUAUGCUCCCCAGCAUUCUGCAGAGUUUGACUUUGGAGGUUUGUACAGCUUGAGAAGACGUUAGAACAAAUUUUAUCCUUUGCUGGUGCCUCAAUAUGUGGAAAUACAAAUCCAAUGAAAGUACUUCACCUGCAAAAUGCCACCUUUGCACAAUAAUUUUUAACUCUGUGCAGAAGAAUAUUUAUUUUUGGCUUUAAUUUAUCAUGGGCUUUUUGGGGGUACGGGGGAGAUUUACCCUUCCAACCACAAAAAAAAAAAAAAAAAAAAAAGAAGAAGAAGAAAGAAACAUUUCAAGCAGCAAAACUGACUUUGUUUUUAAGGGUAUUGAUUUAAGUUUGAAAAUACUGAUAAGGGCAGAAGGGCUAUGUAUGAUCUGGUUAUUUCUAGACACUCCAUCCACCUGACUCCUAGUUACAUUGAUUACCAGUGAUAAUGAUAGGUCUGCAGAAUAUAUCAGCUAACCAUUAUUCUUGCACCAGACCUGAAAAUCUAAAAAAAAAAAAGCACACGCACACACAAACAAAAAGAAACAUCUCAUUUUAACUAGUAUAAUUCAGAAGGAAUAUUAAGUGAAUAAAGACUAGAACACAGAGGCUACAGUUUUCAUCAGUGGAAUUUCAUGUUUUUUCUUCUAUAUGAUCUUGUUUUCUGUUAUAUUUAGUCUUUUUUCACAAUAUUCUCAUAGAGUUUCUGCUAGAUCUAGAGCUCUGCUCUGUGCCUCCUAUCAAAACAGUAUAUGAAUCUCAUAUGCUGUCUUGAGAAUCCCCCCAAGAGAAUCACAUGCAACUCUGCAAGAGUUUUUGCUCAGACGUGUUACUGACUGAAGCAACUUUCCUUCUUGCUACCAAGGACCAAGAUGGAGAAUCCUCUUCCCAGCAGUGAAUUCUGUUAUGCAAUUUACACUUGAUGUCCAGGCCUAGUGAGGCUGAGCUUACCUUACUAACAGCCUCCAAGGGAAUGAAUUCUUCAGUUCAUGUAAUAGUAUCUGUUAAUGAGUAUAAAACCAAUUGAGACAUUUUAUUAAUAAUUUUAAUUCUUUUAUUACAACAGUAUAUCACUAUCUUCAUUCUAUAAGGCCAUGUCACUAUUUCUCCCAAAUUGCACUUUCUGGUGAAAAAUUAAAAACUUUAAGAAAAAAAUGAUAAUUUCAAUGGUUAAAGUUUUUUUUUUCCCUCUCAUUGUUCAUAGACCAAUUUUUUUCAAUGUAUUUUGCAGGAAAAUCUUUGAAUAAGACUUUAAAUCACAACCAAAAGGAAUAACCUUCUCACUUUCCCCUGCUACAAAAAUGUUUGGCAACUUUUGUGUUUACAUUUAAAGAUCAUUUGCACCUUUUUCAAAGAAGAAAAGUAUUUGGUAAACAAUUGUUUACAUGUAUCAUUUAUGCUUUUUUCUAGCAUGUAUAACUUUUUCAAAUAAAGGUAGUAUUUACCAUAAAAAAAUUUUU